AUAUAUAUAUAUAUAUAACUAAUAUAAACAACACGCUGUAGGACAACAUCUCUGAUUGAUAACUCAUUGAAGACAUUGGAUUAUAGUAAAGCAAAACAUCAUUAAAAGGUGCUGAAUUCUCCUGACUGACUGCAGGUUGAAGAGGCUGUAUUUAUGGCUCAAUAUGACCAACUCGAGGAUAAAGAUUCGCUGGAUAUUCAUGAUAACCCUCCAGCUCCAGACAAUGUUGUAAAGGAGGACGACAACACUGUUUAUUUUGUGUAUGAUGAAGAGGUGGAGGAAGAAGAGGCCCCUCCCCCUCCGACCCCUGAGCCUGUAGUUCAGGUCAAUGACAGGCCACACAAAUUUAAGGACCACUACUGCAAGAAACCCAAGUUUUGUGACGUCUGCGCACGAAUGAUUGUUCUCAAUAAUAAAUUUGCCUUGCGCUGCAAAAACUGCAAGACCAACAUUCACCACUCGUGCCAGUCAUAUGUGCAGUUCCAGAGAUGCUUUGGCAAAAUACCGCCUGGUUUUAGACGGGCAUACAGCUCUCCACUCUACGAUCAAGAGAUCAAUAACCCUGGUCAGCAGAACCGUACUGAUCCGGUGUUUGAAACACUGAGAGUGGGUGUAAUCAUGGCCAAUAAAGAGAGAAAGAAAGGUUCUGAGGACAAAAAGAAUAUGAUGAUGAUGAUGAUGGAGGAGGAGGAAGCUCAACAACCGAAAGAGGAUGAAGAGGGUGGUGAGGGAAAGCAAGAUGGAGACAAGAAAGACAAAACAGCAACAGAUGACAAGAACAAGAAGCAGCAGCAGACAUUCAGUCAGUCUCACUAUUAUAUGGCUUUGUAUCGCUUUAAAGCCAUCGAGAAAGAUGACCUGGACUUCCAUCCAGGAGAUCGCAUCACAGUGCUGGAUGACUCCAAUGAGGAGUGGUGGAGGGGUAAACUUGGGGAGAAGACCGGAUACUUGCCCAUAACUUACAUCAUCAGGGUGCGAGCCAGCGAGAGGGUGUAUAAAGUGACACGCUCCUUUGUGGGAAACAGAGAGAUGGGCCAGAUUACCCUGAAGAAAGAUCAGAUUGUGGUGAAGAAAGGAGAAGAGGUAAAUGGAUAUCUGAAGGUCAGCACUGGCCGCAAACUGGGCUUCUUCCCUGCUGACCUGCUACAGGAGAUUUGAAUGACGGAUAUUUAAUCAUGAAGAAAAUAAGUAAAGCUUAAGAAUGGAUGGAGAAAGAAGAAUAAAUAAACAAGAAAGACAACAAUAUCUGACCUGACAGAAAUAUGAAUACGUGCAUGAACACAGGAUCUAAAUUUAAUACUCACCAAGCACUAUAUAUGAAUACAAAAGAUAUUUACUCAGAAAGAAAAAAACUACGUUGGUCACCUGUUGAGCAGUUAUUUUAUUAGGAACAUAAUCAAUGAUUUCACACUGCAAGAAUGAUGGUGUAAUCCUUGCUGAUGUGAGCGGCAUACAAACCGUUUUCUGAAGAAAAUCACAAUACUAAAUUUUAUUUUGGAAAAGUUUGUUUUCUCUAGAACUCAUUGUGGCAAUACUUACAUUGAUUACAUUUAGCAACCAAAAACAAAAUAACUGGUUUUCCCUCAAUACACUCAUUUGCUGCUUAUUAAUAGUUAGUAGGGUAGUUGUUAAGUUUAGGCAUGGGGUCGGGUUAAAGAUCUAGAACUUGGUCAUGCAGAAUAAGGCAUUGAUAUGUGCCUAAUAAGUACUAAUAUCCAAUAGC